UAAGUACAUCACAUAAUAUUCCACAAAUAAUUUCAAACAAAAAAAAUCCCGUAUCAAUUUUUUACUCAAAGCUCAGAAAUUGAAAUAUCAGCCCUAACAAAGGCGGCAUACCAUACCAAUUUCCGUCAUCACCUUGUCUUCUUCAUCUAUCUAUAAUUCUAUAUAUAUAUGUAUAAUCGUCAAAUUUAGUUUUCAAAUUUACGGAAAAAAAAAAUCCAGAAAAUUACUGGAGCUAACAAAACAAACAAAUCCCUUCAUUUCGAUUAACCAAUGAGGCAUUCAGUGAAUCGUCCACCAACACCAGAUGCAGGAGAUGAACAAGAAAAAGAACUUACCCUUUCAGAAAAAAUCAACAUUAAGUUGAUUGAGAGUGGAGAAAAGGAGAGAUUGAUGGAUUUGUUGAGGGAAAGGCUCAUUGAGUGUGGAUGGAAGGAUGAAAUGAAAGCGAUUUGCAGGGCAUUUAUAAAGAAGAAAGGGAGGAAUAAUGUGACUGUGGAUGAUCUAGUACAUUUAAUCACUCCAAAAGGAAGAGCAUCUAUUCCUGAUCCCGUGAAAGCUGAGCUGUUGCAGCGAAUUUGGGCUUUUCUAAAUGCAGCUUCACUUUGAUGCGAGGGAUUGUUACCAUCAGGGGAAAGAAGAGGUUCAGAAUAUGUUGCUUGACCAAGUCUUAGUGUAGCAAAAGCUACGGAGUUUGGCGGGAGAGUCACUCCUGUGUGAUAUAAUGCAACCUACCUUUAGUAAUGCAUUGCUACCUUUCUGACUGAACCUACCUCAUGUGGGCAAGGACAUGCGCGGCAUUUGUAUCAGGGGUUAGAUUUUGCAAGGGACAUUCUAUAUGCUUGUAAUUGUAGAACUUACGUAGUUCCAUCUUGUGAAUUAAAGAAUUUGUGCUCCUUUUGCUCUCUGCCUACCAAGUUUUGCAAAGGACAAUCUACAAUAUUCUACAUGCUUGGUGUAAUGAAAAAGGGCGUUCGUAAGUCAUACCAACUGCAAUGAUGACCUCCAUUUUUUGUCUCUGUAAAA